AUGUCUGAAAAAAUACAAGUAUUCUUUGACAUCUCUAUCGAAGAACAAAAUAUAGGUCGUAUUGUUUUCGAACUUUUUAAAUCUGAAGCACCACUUGCAACUGAGAAUUUCCUUCACUUAUGUAGAGGUGAUUUAACAAAAACAAUAAAUGGUGAGGCCAAACAAUUAACAUAUAAAAAUAAUUUCUUCCAUCGUAUCGUGAAGACGUUUAUGAUCCAAGCUGGUGAUAUCAUCUAUGGCUCAGAGAAAUUUGAAAAAUCUGACGAUAUUGGUAAAGGUGGUUGUUCUAUAUAUGCAACAGAUGAUGAAAUAGCAGAACCUGUUGAUUUACCUUGUUAUGGUAAAUUUAGGGAUGAAAAUUUGGGAGAAUUCACAGAACCUUUUUAUCUAGCAAUGGUUACUACUGGGGAACCCGAUUCUAACACAUCUCAAUUUUUUAUCAUGACAGGAACUGCUCCCCAUCUAAAUAACAAACAUACAAUCUUUGGAAAAGUUAUUCACGGUAAGUCUGUUGUUCGAACUGUUGAACAUGCUAAUGUAGAUUCUGAUGGGUUUCCUGAAAAACGUAUAAGAAUAUCCGAAUGUGGCGAAUGGAACAAUACAAUGCCAAUUCCCCUCUAUAAUGCAUCAAACAACCUAAUCGGUGGUGAUAUAUAUGAAGAAUAUCCUGAUGAUGACAAAACCUUUGAUCCAGAAGACUUCAAUAAAGCAUACGAAGCUGCAUUUACAAUUAAAGAAUCUGGGUCUCAACUGUUCAGAUUGAAAGAUUUCCAAAAUUCAUUUUUUAAGUACAAAAAAUCUUUGAAUUACAUUAAUAUGUUCAUACCAGAAGGAGAAGUUGAUAAAGAGAAUAAUUUGAAAUUUUUGGAAUUAAAGACCAAGGUAUAUUUGAACCUGUCACUUCUGUCGUUCAAUUUGAAAAAUAUAGAUGGUUGUAUUACAUAUGCCAAAUAUGCUCUCGAGUCUCCUGGAAUAGAAAAUAAGGACAAGGCAAAGGCGUAUUAUAGGAUAGGAAACGCAUAUUUGAACAAAAAAGCUUAUGAUGACGCUUUGACAAAUUAUAACCUUUGCAAAGAAAACAAUCCUGAUGAUAAGGUGAUUGAUGUGAAAAUUGUAAAUGUUGAAAACAUUAUAGAACAAAAUAAAGAGAGGACAAAGAAGAACAUUGCUAAAUUUUUUAGUUAA